AAAAGCGGCAAGAAAAAGAAAGUAGUAGUAAUAAUGUCUGGACGUGGCAAAGGAGGAAAGGGACUCGGUAAGGGAGGCGCAAAACGUCACCGUAAAGUGCUGAGAGAUAACAUCCAAGGUAUUACUAAGCCAGCUAUCCGACGUUUGGCUCGUCGAGGUGGUGUAAAGCGUAUUUCUGGUUUGAUCUAUGAAGAGACUCGCGGUGUACUCAAGGUCUUUCUAGAAAAUGUUAUCCGGGACGCUGUCACAUACACUGAGCACGCUAAGAGGAAAACUGUGACCGCCAUGGACGUGGUAUACGCAUUGAAAAGACAAGGCCGUACGCUAUAUGGCUUCGGCGGUUAAACUGUCAAUGAAAUCGUUAAUUUAAAAAGGCUCUUUUCAGAGCCACC